UAUUUCUUUGAGGAAUGACCAUCAAAAACUUCUCGAUUGAAUACGAUGCCAUCAACGGCAGAAACACCUUCACAGAUGGAGAUACCGUGAAUGGGAGGAUCAUCGUCGAGGCUUCGAAGGAAACCAGAAUCCAAUCGCUUGUUUUUACAGCAAAAGGAAAAGCUCGGGUCAGAUGGACCGAACGUCACGGAAAGCGUCAUCGUCGAGUGUACUGGGCCGAAGAGAAAUAUUACGACGUCAAACAUAUCUUGAGAGAGGCAAAACAAGACGGCGUUGAUGUCAUUUGUAAAGGAAGACAUGUGUUUCCUUUUUCCUUCAAGAUUCCUGAAAGGAACAUGCCCUCAUCUUUCAAAGCCUCCAUAGGCAUCAUUCUUCAUCAAUUGAAGGCCGAGCUUAAACGAUCAAUGAAGCUGACCAAAAAGGCAACAACUCACUUUACAUUUGUGUCCAAAGCAGACGUGGAUGUUCCUGGACUUCUGGAGCCUCAGGAUACAUCCGUCAAAGUGUUCGGCUCUGGAAACGUCUCAAUGGAUGUUCACACCCAGCGGAUGGGAUACGAGCAAGGCGAGGCUCUCCAAGUCACGGUGGAAGUCAGCAACCACUCAACUCGUUCAGUUAAGCCCACAUUUAUACUGUAUGAGAAGAAGAGUUUCUUCGCCCAGGGUCGCAGGAGAGUUGGCACACAUGAGAUCCUUAAGCAGAAGAUUGAGUCUAUUGCACCUGGGAAAGAGACUGUAACCACGGUGAUCCCCAUCCCCAGGGAACUGCCUCCCUCCAUCUUGAACUGCUCCAUCCUCAAGCAGGAGUACAGGCUGAAGAUCCAUCUAGAUCUCAAAUAUGCUGCUAAUCCAGAGAUCAAGUUCCCGAUAGUCAUCCUACCUUCCUCUGAGGUGCCUGAUAUAAUAAAACAACCACCUGCUGCUGCUUUUGGAUAUGAAGCGUUUGGGGACCAGGACCGAGGGCCCUGGAGCACGCCGCCUCAACCGCAACCGGCAACCCGCGCUUCGGAUCCCCCGCCUCCCGACGGAGCACAUGCAGCGCACCCUCCUAGCAACUAUGCGAGUGCACUGUGAAUACGCCACAGAUAUGGCCGCGCACUCAUUUAUUUUUGUUUGAUACAAGAUGGACUGUUCCUCUUUCUUUUCAUCAACAUAUAUUACCCACAAUGCAGCUCAAGUGCCAGCAGUUCGUUUGGAGAUUGCUCAUGUUUGUUUGUAAUAUUUGCAGCUGCAUAACUUAAGAUGCUUUGAAUAAAAUGUGUUUCUUCUUCUGGAACAACACGGCUGAUUCUAACACUAGUGAUCGUAUAUAUUUUUAUUAGCAAUUUUCUAGUCAUACCUGAUGCCAAAAUGUAAUGUAAUUUAGUAAAUUAUGAAUUGUGCUGUUAGUGUUAUGUGUACAGUAACUACAUUUCAGCCGUUGAGCAAACUUAAUGUUGACUCAACUUAUAGUUACACUGCACAUGUUACACUGUACAUAAAUAUGUAUUGGAGAUGUUUCCUUAAAUUAUACAUUAUUUAAUUUUCUCGAAUAGUUAGUUGCUCCUAUAUUUUCUCAAUCUUUUCAAAACAAACCUCUUUUUUAUUUGGUGGCUGUAUAUUCAUACCUGUAUGUAUUUGCAUUUGACCAGUAAAGAGGCCUAAACUGUGUCUUACGUUUCAACCCACACUUGUAUUGAUGUCCGUCUGUCUGAACCCACAAGGACGUUGACAUGUUUUAACCCUCCUGUUACCUUUGGGGUCAA